UUUGUAUAGGAGCACGCUUCGAAUGCUUUCCCCUGUAUGGAGGAUAUAAGACGACAAGGAAAACUGUGUGACGUAAAUCUUAUAAUUGGAAGCCACUCAUUCAAAGCUCAUCGGAUAGUCUUAGCUGCCUCAGUUCCCUAUUUCCGAGCAAUGUUUACAAACGACAUGGUUGAGGCCAACCAAAGUGAGAUAAAAAUUCAAUCGGUCGACCCAUCGGCUAUGGAAAGUAUUAUCAACUACGCAUACUCAGGAAAGAUUGUGAUCUCAACAAAUAAUGUUUUGAAUUUGAUGAUGGGUGCAGCAUUUUUUCAACUUACACGGGUUAGAGAUGCUUGUGCAGAUUUUCUCCAGCUCCGACUAUCUCCACAGAAUGUUCUGGGAAUCAGACACUUUGCAGAAUCUCAUGGACCUAGUCGGGGUAAUCUACGCUGUGGGCGGGCAAACCAAAUCCGGGAAUAGUUUAAGCACUGUAGAAGUAUUUGAUCCUAUUGUUGGAAGAUGGAGGGAUGCAGAAGCUAUGUCAAUGCUCAGAUCCCGAGUUGGGGUUGCAGUUAUGCAGAACCGUCUCUACGCUAUAGGAGGCUACAAUGGGCAGGAGAGAUUAAAUACAGUGGAGGUAUUUAACGCAAACUCUAAGAAGUGGAGCCGUGUAGCCUCCAUGAACUGUAAGAGAAGCGCUGUUGGUGCUGUUGCGCUUGGUGAUCAUCUCUAUGUUUGCGGGGGCUUCGAUGGUAUCUCCAGUUUGGAUACAGUUGAGAGAUAUGAUCCUGAAGAGAAUAGCUGGAGUAUGGUUGCUAGCAUGACAAAGCAUCGUUCUGCGGCCGGUGUUGUUGAGCUGAACGGUAAAAUCUACGCUUUGGGCGGGCAUAAUGGUCUAUCUAUAUUCGAUAGUGUUGAGGUUUACGAUACUCAUAAAGAAUGUUGGACGGAAACUGUUCCUAUGCUGUCCAAACGCUGCAGUUUAAGCUUAAUGUCUAUUGUCUANGUUGAGAAAUACUGCCCUGAUACGGACAGAUGGGAGUUUGUUGCACGGAUGGAGUCCCAUGAGGGAGGAGUGGGAGUGGGAGUUAUUCCUAUGGUGUAA